GUGUUGAGGCGUCUCUGUGCGGCUGUUGCUGGGAGCUCCGGCCAAUCAAAGCCGCAGUGCUCCCAUACAAGUACUUUGGGGGCUGGAAAAAGCAUGACAUCAUGCACAGCUCCGACCCCUCUCUACGAACACAAAGAGUAAAACAUCUUUAUUUUACUACUGCAAACCCCAGUCGACGACAGAACCGUCUGCACUGUGAUACUCCGCGGUCCCAUCCAUAAAAUACACGGGGAAUCUAGCCCUGGUAUACUCCGGUGUGGAGCGGAGUCUGGGAGGGGCAUCCGUCCGUCGUCCGUCCGGGCAAUGGCGGAUGGGGAUGCCACCGUGUCUGUGGAGUGGGGCAGCGGUGAUGGGUGCUUAGCAAAAUAACAUCCCACUUUAUUCAUUUCAUUUACAUUUCCUCUGUUACGCUUGGUAUUCAGCUCUCGCAAUGGAUCCAGAGAAAACGUUGACAUUCUGCUUCGGUCUGACGGCUGAGGAGAUGACCAUGUCCCUGCAGGGGCUGGAUGGGACUGAAACUGCUACGGUGGCUGUUUCUCAGAAGGAGACUGACCUGCGCACAGUUAAUGAGGUGGUGAAGCAUCAUGGGGGUUCUGGUAGCCAGCCUGUUGUCAGUCCCAACUGUCCUGGUGUAAACGACAAUCCAGGUUACCUGUGUGAAACGGGGCACUGCUGUGGGGAAACAGGCUGCUGUACCUACUAUUAUGAACUCUGGUGGUUCUGGCUGCUGUGGACGAUGCUGAUCCUCUUCAGCUGUUUGUGUGCUUACCGCCACCGCCGGGCCAAGCUGAGGAUCCAACAGCAGCAGAGACAGAGGGAGAUCAAUCUGAUCGCCUAUAACGGAGCCUGCAACUACCCUUCCUCAGUGCUGGACCUCAGUUUUCUGGCUUCCUUCAAGUUGCCCUCCUACGAGGAGGUGGCGGCGCAGCCCAGCACCCCUCCUCCGCCUUACAGCUCCGUCUUCGCCCUGCAGGGAGGUGCCAUGGGGGGUCCUAGCUCCUCUUACCCCCAUCAUCACCACCACCGUCACCCUUGCCCUCCCUAUCUGGGCCCCGGUCCCAGUGGCCUGACUUCCUCCCAGAGCUCUGACAACUACACUAGCUGCUCCUGCGAGUCGUGCUCCCUCACUUCCCCCUCCAGCACCUCCUUCUCUGUCCAGGUGACAGACGAGACAUAUGACAGCAGCCACAUCUCCACACCCAGUGAAGCAGGGGGCGACUGUGCUGUCAUGCCAAGGGUUGCGGACAACUUCACACCAACUUCUUCCCCGACACCUCCGUUACAAGUUCCCCCUGAUGUCAUACCCGCGGCCACUCCAGAUGUCAUACCCGUACAAAGACGGUCCUCUAAUGGCAGUGAGCCUUCAGCUCCACCUCUCUCUCUUCCUUUACACUCUCGUCCUUCACACCCUUCUCGCCUCCCGCUUUCUCCCCUCAUUCUGCUACAUUCCCUCCCUCCUGGUCAAAUCCAUCCUCUCGUCCUCUCAGACCCCCUUGGAGCUGUGGCCAUUCAGAGGGAGAAAGAAGAAGAGGCUCGGCCUUGUGGUCCAAUCCCCAGGCCCACUCUGUAUCCCCCUAAACCGGCUCUCUUCUCCUCAAACGUGGCAGUUUCCACACAUUGCAACAACAAAGAAGAGCAAAAACGAGAAAAAGAAGAGGAGGAAGAGGAAGAUGAGGAGGAGGAUCAUUUCCGGCAUCGACGGCUAACAGGUGACUCGGGCAUUGAGGUAUGUCGUUGCCACGUGAAGAGAGAGGAACAAGAGGAAGAGGAACUACAGAAGGGGCAUUCUGGGAAAGGAAGAAAAGAGGCUGUGAAGGAAGAGGAGAGGGAAGACAUGCUGCAUGACAGCGUGGACUGUUCCCUCAGAGGGAAGGCUGCUGUUCAGUCACCACUCCUGGACGUCUGCGUUGAACAGCGCGGCCACGUCUCUUCAUCCUCCAGUAUCAUCCAGAAGACAGGCGAGGCCAUCUUCACUGUUGAGUCCUCGUAAGCUGACAGCCUGUGAGAUGUAGUCAAACAAGUGAGAAAAGUGAGAUGCUAAUGCUUGAUAGCAUCUUCAUAGAUCAAGACUAGUAGGUGAAAAGUGAAAUCACUGAAGAAAAGUCUUGCAGGUCUUACUAUGGUUGGGGGCAGGAUGAGUAAUGUAUCCUCUUGUUUUCUCUGUAUUUAAAUGAGAAACUCCAAGAGAAGCCGACACCUGAAAGUCCUAUUUUGUAGGUAAUUUAUUUAUAGUUUGGGAGACAGCAUAUCUUCUCCUCUAAAGUGAUGAAAAUGCUAAUGAAUUGCUCUUUCGCUGUCUCCAUUUUCCCACAUGCUAACCAAAUCCAUUUUUUACCAGUGGAUCGGUGUAAACAUGUCCCUCUAUCGUUUACUUUUCAUCUCUCUUUUUUCUACAUGACGCAAAAUCGCUAAAAAAGCAUUUUAGCUCCUUGAAACGAAAAACCCAAAUAGUCAGUGGUUUCCAACAUGUGACAACAAAUAAAUCAGAGGGGUCGUGAUGAUUAACAGUAUGAGAAAGAAGAAACCUAGUUCUGCUAAAGAAAAUUAUAUGCUAAUGUUUCUCUAAUCUUUCCUUUUUUCGUGGAAUUAUUGAUAGUUUUACCUCUCUGAACAUUUAAAAACAUUAUUGAAAUGAAACAAUCUGAGAUGCGAAAAUCAAUCUUUAGUGGACCAGCUCACAGCAUCCUGACAUAUGCAAUGUGUGAUGGGAUGUGUGAUGGGGUCACAGAAAAAUAUUUUCCCAUUUUGAAAGAGUUGCACAACAAAGAGGUUGGGAACCGCUGUCUGAUUAACCAUAUUACUAAAAUCAUCCCAGCAGCAGUGAACAAGACUGUUUAUCAUUGACUGACCUCUUUUUGAAUUGAAAACAAUUAUAUUCUUGGAAUGUAUAUGAAGAAAACCACUAAACAAUUCAUUUUCAAAAGAGCAGCUCUAACUAAUUGUGUCUGGAUUCUAUCUUUUGAAGAGGUUCAUAACUACUGGACAUAUGGUUCGAGGUCACAGGACUAACCUGUGACCUUUUUUGUUGUAAGGUGAAUUUUUUGCUUUCACCAGCCUACUUCCCUCUGUUUUAGAGGAAAUAAGAAGGGAGCUAUUAUGACUGAUUCAAGAAGUGUUUUAUACAUUGUGUCUUAUGUUGCUCCCAUAAGGGGUGCAAACAUUAUUUAUAAUGUGUGGGUGGCAAAGCUUUACAAUGGUCUUAUGAUUAUACAUUGUUGUUCCAGACUGUUACAUGAUUAUACUGUAUCAUUAACUGACUGUUUGACUUAGGAUUUAAUGUGUUUGAACAUGUUCCUGGUUGGUCGUUACCGUUUUUGCAAGGCAAUGUAAGUCUGAUUCCUCCGUGGACGGACUGUUCAGUUUUUACAAGGCAGAAACUUUAAGCCUAAUCUCAUCACUGAUAAUGAAUGUAAAAGGUUAUGCAUCGCAACAAAAAGAUACACUGAAAUUGUUUACGGAGAAUUUUUAUACAGCAUGACGCUUGACGGAAAACCUCUGAUAAAGUGUCCAAAACUGCAGCAAGGCAACACAAUCUGCCAGGUGUGGGCUUUGAGAGGACACUUUGAAAUGAAGUGCCCAUUGUAAUGUCUGUCUGAGUCAAGUAAUGCUUGUGAGAUUUUAAAGGUAUAAAUGUAGGGAGUGCAGGUUUAAAGUCAGAGUAAUGCCUCUUUUAUUAUUGCUGUGGCUAAACAUGGAGAGUUGGACUGCUUUUCUCUAAAUGUAUCCCGGUUGAUCCUGUUUUUUGUGUGUGAAAUCAUUUGUCAGUUGAUGUCCAGUUGUACAUUAUCUGUCAGUAGAGAAUAGUCUCUGCCUCAUUGUGAGGUUGAUACCCUUUUGAUUGAUGCUCUGCACUUAUGUUGAGUAAGUCGAUCCUGGUCUUAGCAGUGGAAAUGCCACAUGUGUACUCUCUUGUAGUUAAUUCUCAGUACAAAAUGUACUGAAGCACAGAAUAAGAUUUAGAAAAAGAGUGUCUCAAUCACAUUUUGUACAUGUGUGUCUUGCUGUAGUUAUUGUGACACAAAUGCCUCUGUAGUUCAUUGAUUAGAGGCCACUUUGUUGUGUCCUUGGCUCAGUGCAAAGCCAACUUAAUUGUCUAGCUUUCUCAUUUAUAGUUCUGUGGACAGAAAACAUUGCCUGGGUUCAGCUCAAUAAUACCUUUAUUUGUGAUAGACGAAGUGUGUGUGUGUGUGUGUGUGUGUGUGUGUGUGUGUAUUGGGAGGUUUGGGUUUGUUAUGAAGGUUAUUUUGUCAUUCUCUGAUUAUUUCCGAUCUUUGCAGUGACUCACAGCUGUGUCUCAGCGGUGACCCUUGCUCUGACAGAGAGUGGUCACCCUCUGAACAAAUCGACAUAAAAGCCUUCUGGCUAUUGUACAUUUUUUUGGCUAAAGACUGAACAGUUGUUAUUGUCUUUGAUUAGUUCUAGCUAAUGUAUGGUCAUUGACAUACAUGGUGCCUAGAUGAAAAUAGACUUUCUGUCUGGCAUUCUAUAGUUUACUGCUGCUAUGCGAGUGUGUGUGUGUGUUUUCUGUAAACUGUGUAUAGUCGCACAUCAAAUGGGCAAACAUUUUCUAGCAGUGCUUAGCAGUCUCUUUAUAAAAUAUACACAGUGAGACUUGCAAAAAUAGUAUUUAGCAAUAGUAUUCACACUUUUUUCCUUACUCUAGUUAAUGCUGGUUGAUAGGAAAUUAACUGUUGUGAAAAAGACAUUUACCUCUUUAUAACUGAUCCGUGAGCUGUGCUGGGCAGAGACCCUUGAUUGUACAUAACACUGCAUUUUAAAUGCCUUUGGCUUAAGGUUUCUCCCAACUGCAAACUCAGAUGAUCUGGUUUUCCUUUAGCCCCAGUUUGUGCUCUCAUGUAUUGUCAUUACAUUUGGGUCACAGUGCGAAGCAUCCUUGUUUCUGAAAAAUAUCUGUUCUGAAGGUAUUUCCAGAUUCCUCUGGUCUCCUCUGUCCAUUUGGACUAAAAGAAAAAAAUAUUUUUAAGCCAUUUCCCAAAUUUCAACUCGGUUUCCUAUUCCACACAAAGAUGGUGGCUGAAAAUAACGUCGGCCCUUUUUUUUUUAAUAUAUUAAUGUUCCUUUUUCUUUCUUUUUAUAUUUUCUUACAAAAUAAGUUUGGCCUUGAAUCAUGUGUUGCAUCUAUGGAUUGGCCAAAGAUGUUGAACAUUCUAAAAUAUUCAGAAGGGAAAUGAUAUGAUACAAUAUACUUUAAUGUCGCCUUAGGGAAAUUAGUUUGGACUCAAAAGCUGGACACAUAAAAAAAUGCCUUGACAGUUACAAAAAACCACAAAAAAAACAAUAUAUGAACAGUGUGAUAUGGGGGGAAUGGAAAGUGAGUCCCAUUUUGUAUUGUUUAUACCAUGAGGAUUUGUGAGUGUGAGUUUUCCAUAAAAUGGCUCAACAAAACCAUAAAAUAUUAUGGUAGGCAAAUGAUUACCAAUAUGAAUGGCUAUUCUUUGUCUCACAAGCCUGGACAAGAUUGCUUAUUUAAUUAUUUAUUCAUAUUUCUCCAGUAUUACACAGUACAUGUUUUGUCACUGAUUUAUGAAUUUCAUUAGAAACAUGGUCUACAAAAUCUAUUUUAGGAAAAUUACUCAAAUAUAUUUUUAGACUUAUAGUUUUUAAAAUGUAUAUGCAGCAUUCUGAAUCUGGUCUUUAUACAUUUGUAUGAUAUUUUAAGUUUGGACAUAAAACAGAAAACUUCAUUCAAUGUAUUUUUCUUGUGUCAUACUAAACAUUAGACAAGAUACAUAGGGAAUGAAGUCAAAACUUUUUUGUGCAGCAACGUAACAAUGGCUAGACGGAAAGAGUUGUCCUUUCUAAUUCUGAAAGUGUUAAAUGUUAAAUGACCUUAUGGAGUUUUCUGGUAUUUAUUUUUCAAACAGAUAUUUAGCUCUGUGACUCGGAUGCAUUGGUGGAAUGUAACGUAAGUACAUAUUUUCUUUUCAUGCCACUUUGUUCUUCUACUCCACUACAUUUCAGAGAAAUAUUGUACAUUUUACUCCACUACAUUAAUCUGACAGCUUUAGUUACUAGUCACUUUACACACACACAACACAUGUAGUUUAUAAAAUACAAUGUUUUAUUAUUAAUUAAACUACCCAACAAUGUAUAGGCCUACAAGUACAUCUUAAAUAGAUAGGCCUGCAAGUACAUCUUAAAUAAGUUGAUUAAACACUUACUGUAGUUGAUUGUUUCUAAAAUGUAAAGAUUUUUCUGCAUUUGAGUACAUUUUAAUUCUUUAAGUACAUUUUCCUGAUGAUCCAUACUUUUACAUUUCCAAUGCACUUUUACUUGUAACAGUAUUUUUACAGUGUGGUAUUAGUACUAUUACUUAAGUAAAGAAUCUCAAUAAUUUUUCCACCACUGCUCGAAUGUAAUCGUAACACACAAGAGGCACAAACGGGCUCGUUUUACCCCAGCUCUGAUUUUACAUUGAAGCCAAACUGAUCUGAGUUCAGUGUAUAGAACUAGUUUGAUUUAUUUUGCCUUGUGAGCAGCUAGUAUGUACAGACAAAAUGCCCAAACUCUACCCUCAUUGCCACAGAAGGCAAAGGCCUGAUAUAAGACUGUUAACCUCGCUGAGUUUUGACUGCAAAGGACUGUUCUUCAACUUAUCAAGAUAGUAUUUACUCUAUAUUUGUACUGACUUUAAUUUUGUAACGCCAACAUUUGAGGAAUUGAAAAAGAAUUAACGCAGAGCCCACGUUGGUACGGCUGAACUGGUUUGCCACGUAAAAAACAAAACAUCCAACCCUGUUGAUUCAGGAUUACUCACGACUGUUUGUCUCCCGGGAAACAAAAAGUGUUCUCCUUUUACUCCUGCAGCUACGAGACAGCUGGAUUCAUAGAAGUAUCUAUAUGUGAUUGUACAUGAAAUAGUUCAGAGUAAUAUUGCUACAAAAUGUGGUGUUCUUUGAGGGUAUUCUUGUGCACUUCUACCUGCAGCUCUUCAGUGUGUUGUACGCAUGUGUGAGAGAGUAAUCGUCUGCCGUGUUGUUGUGGUGGUAAGUCUUUGUUGCUUAUUAUGAGGCCAAAGUUGAUUGUUGUUGGUAUUUGUUAACAUGAUAUUUGUCAAUAUAAUUAUCCAAACAUUUUUAUGUCAUCAUGAAUAUCAAGUUGAUUUUGUAUCUUGGUGUAUAGCAUAGAGAUUUCUGAUGCAUACUCUGAUGUAAAAUACAAACAAUGAGAUGAUCUCACAUUUUUAGAUACUUGUUUGAUGGCACAUAUCCUGGUGCUUUUUUUUUCUUCCUCCAAAAGGUGGGGUUGUAUUUACGUUUCUUCUGCUUGAGGUUUUUUUUCAUUGAUGCUAAUUGGGAAUUCUAUCUUGUUGGACACGGACAUCUGCGCUACUUUAUUCAACACAACAACUGUGGAUUUUGUGUCAAAAUAAAUGCUAAGAAGUGCUACCAAA